GAAAAUGUUCGCAAUCUCAGUAUGUGCGAUCAUACGCAAUCUCCACUUUCUCUCCAACCAGGUUGUGCUUGUUCCAGUCAAUACUCCAAAAACCUAGAGCUCUGAUUGAUCUCCAAAAAGGUCUCAAAAUUAGGCUUAGAAUGGUCAUUCUCAGCACAUGGAACAGAGUUUGUACUUUAUAGCGCAGAGAUGUUUGUGGCCAGGUCAAGGAUCUCUAUUACAUUGCCUUUUAAUGAACAUACUCCCGUGUCGACUAGUCAAAAUGCCACACAAAACAACCCCUUAUCAGCGUUUACCAACAUGUGCUCGAGGUGGGCUUGUAAGAAAUGGUGUUGGCUCCCUCGCCGCUGCUGUGCAUCUUCUUCAAGAUGCCAAACUGCCAACAUCCCUCAUAUAUGCCCUCGACAGACACGCCGAGACCGGGGGGGUUAACAAAAGCAGCGCAAAUGCCGAAGACGGCUAUGUUCUCCACCUCAGAAUUCUCUAUUUCUACGACUAAAGCGUCGGAGAAUUAUUGUUUUAUCUUGUGUGCCUGAUAUUCAAGAUCUCACAAUAUCUCUGCUGGCAUCCAUCGAUAGUAAUGAUGACUUCGUGGUUGACGCUGGCGGGCACUCCGCCAAUGUGUUUUCGUCGCAUUGAAUC